CGAAUGCAUCUACUACGACGAACUGCGCAGCAUGACGACCCCGACAUUGAUGAUGAGAACGCUGCCAUUGACCCCGAGCUUCGCCUGCGCACGGUUCGCACCGCGCACUCGACCAUUGAAGAGUCGAUACGCACCGAACAGCGGACCCAGCGGAGACGGACGAUGAAGAGGAAGAGAUCGAUGGGCUUUUUCCGCAGGGGGACAGACAAGAAGCGUGUCAAGGACCCAAGCAUCACGGAGUCUCCACCAGAGCCAGGUGCGGCCCCGCCAGUGACCGGCGUCCGCAGGAAUAUCUACGUAAACAUGCCCCUACCACCCGAUGAGCUCGACCACAAAGGCGAGCCGGUCGUUCGUUACGUUCGGAAUAAAGUCCGGACAAGCAAGUACACCAUCAUCACAUUCGUGCCCAAGAACUUGUUCGAGCAGUUUCGCAGGGUAGCGAACCUCUAUUUCCUGGCCGUGGCCGUCCUCCAGAUCUUCCCAGUUUUCGGUGCACCUUCGCCCCAGACUGGCGUGCUACCCUUGCUGUUCAUCAUCGCAGUCACCGCAAUCAAAGAUGCCAUCGAGGACUACCGCCGCGCGGUGCUCGACGAGGAAGUCAACAACUCGGCUUCGACGAAGCUCGCACAGUGGACGAACGUCAACCAGCCGUCCGACCCGCGCAGCUGGCUCGAGAAGCUGUUCAGGAUCAACCCGCCCGGCAAGGUCACGAAGGGCGUGCGCAAGCUGCGCGAGCGCGAGGCGGACGAGGGCAAGAUGCAGAUCGUGCUCAGCAAGGAGGGCGACGACCACCACGCGGACCACACCGUACCCGAGCUCGACUUCUAUUCCGGCGCGGGCGGACGCGCGCUCGAGGCGAUCCCGAGCAUCUCCUCGCAGGCGUCGCACCAGUACCCGCCCCAGCAGCCGUCCCCGCAGGACACGCCUGAAGCAAAGCACGAGCCGUGGCGCGGCGUGCAGGGCGCCCUGCGCGGGAACUACGAGCCCUCGCUCGAGUCGCGGCCCUCGUCCGGCGCGGUCGACUACCAGAGGCGCGUCACGGGCACCGUGCGCUGGGAGCGCACGCUCUGGAAGAAGCUCGAGGUCGGCGACGUCGUGCUCCUCCGCGAGAACGAGCAGGUCCCUGCGGACAUCGUCGUCCUGUCCACGUCGGACGCCGACAACAUGUGCUACGUCGAGACGAAGAACCUCGACGGCGAGACGAACCUGAAGCCCCGGCGAUCCGUGCGCGCGACGUCCUCUAUCGCCUCGGAGGAAGAUGUCGAGCGCAUGCAGUUUGUGCUCGACUCGGAGCCGCCGCACCAGAACCUCUACCUCUACCACGGUGUCAUCCGGUAUACUGAUCUCAAUACGGGUGAGCAGAAGCAGGAGUCGGUCAGCAUCAACGAGCUUCUGCUACGUGGGUGCACUGUUCGCAACACGGCGUGGAUCAUCGGCCUUGUCGUCUUCACUGGCGCAGAUUCGAAGAUCAUGUUGAACGGCGGCGAAACGCCCUCGAAGCGCUCGAAGAUCGAGAGGGAGACGAACUUCAACGUCAUCGUCAACUUUGUCAUCCUUGGCGUGAUGUGUAUCAUCUCCGGUGUCGGCAGCGGGUGGUGGGACGCGCAGUCAGAUACGAGUGCAAAGUUCUUUGAGCAGGGCGUAGACCCGACAAGCUCGUUCGUCGUGAACGGGAUUGUCACCGCGGCGGCAUGUUUGAUCGCCUUCCAGAACAUCGUGCCCAUCUCGCUAUACAUCUCGAUCGAAAUCGUGAAAACGAUCCAGGCGUAUUUCAUCGCGCAGGAUGUGGACAUGUACUACAAGCCUCUGGAUGCUGCGUGUGCGCCGAAGACGUGGAACAUCUCUGACGACCUCGGCCAGAUCGAGUACAUAUUCUCCGACAAGACCGGCACCCUCACUCAGAACGUCAUGGAGUUCCAGAAGUGCUCCGUGAACGGACAGCCGUACGGUGAAGGCAUCACUGAGGCGCAGAGGGGUGCUUCGAAGCGGGAAGGCAAAGAGGAGCCCAUAGAUCCCGAAGAGCAAGAUCAGCAGCUUCGGGUGCUGAAGACGGAAAUGCUAGACAAGCUGUCUCGGGCCUUCAAGAACCGAUACCUGCAAUCCGAGAAGCUAACGUUGAUUUCGCCGAAGCUUGCUGACGACCUCGCGGAUCGCUCAUCGGCCCAGCGACCUCAUCUUAUCGCCUUCUUCCGCGCUCUCGCUCUCUGCCAUAGUGUCCUGGCCGACAGACCCGAGCCGAACAGCAAACCGUACGACCUGGAGUACAAAGCCGAGUCUCCUGACGAGGCUGCCCUCGUAGCAGCGGCUCGCGAUGUCGGUUUCCCGUUCGUCAACAAGCGCAAGGACACGCUCGAAAUCGAGGUCAUGGGCCAGCUGGAGAAGUGGACGCUGCUGCAGCUCAUCGAGUUCAACAGCACGCGGAAACGGAUGAGCGUCGUCGUGCGGAACCCGCAGGGGCAGGUCGUGCUGUACACCAAGGGCGCAGACAGCGUGAUCUACCAGCGGCUCGCGUCGGACCACGACCCAGAGCUCAAGGCGCAGACAUCGCGGGACAUGGAGGCAUUCGCAAACGGCGGCCUGCGCACGCUCUGCAUCGCGUACCGGAAUCUGUCCGAGGAGGAGUACAUCGAGUGGCAGCGCGUGUACGACGCCGCGACCAGCGCAGUCACGGACCGCGACGAGGAGAUUGACAAGGCGAACGAGAAGAUCGAGCAUUCGCUGUACAUUCUUGGUGCCACUGCGCUCGAGGACAAGCUCCAAGAGGGCGUGCCGGAGGCGAUCGAGACGCUGCACAAGGCGGGCAUCAAACUGUGGAUCCUGACUGGAGACAAGGUGCAGACUGCUAUUGAGAUCGGCUUCAGUUGCAACUUGUUGAAGAGCGACAUGGAGGUCAUGAUUCUGUCCGCUGACACGCCCGAGUCGACGCAGCUGCAGAUUGAGGCUGGUAUCAACAAGAUCAACUCUAUCCUUGGGCCUCCGAUACUCGACCCUUCGAGACGUGGGUUCGUUCCUGGCGCGCAGCAGGCGUUUGCUGUUGUCAUUGAUGGUGACACCCUGCGGCAUGCGCUUAAGCCUGCUCUCAAGCCGCUGUUCCUGAACCUUGCUACUCAGUGCGAAACGGUGGUUUGCUGUCGUGUGUCUCCUGCACAGAAGGCACUAGUCGUGAGGCUGGUCAAAGAAGGGCGGAACGCGAUGACACUGUCUAUUGGUGACGGUGCUAAUGACGUCGCUAUGAUCCAAGAGGCGAACGUCGGCUGUGGUCUCCUAGGUCAUGAGGGCUCGCAAGCCGCCAUGUCCGCUGACUACGCCUUUGGUCAGUUCCGCUAUCUGACGAAGCUGCUUAUCGUGCACGGUCGGUGGUCAUACCAGCGUAUAGCGGACAUGCACAGUGUAUUCUUCUACAAGAACGUUAUCUGGACUUUUGCCAUGUUCUGGUACUUGAUCUAUAACAGCUUUGACGCCACGUAUCUCUACGAGUACACCUUCAUUAUUCUUUACAACGUCCUUUUUACGUCUCUUCCAGUCAUUGUUCUUGGAGCUUUCGAUCAGGAUAUAAACGCCAAGGCCGCGCUAGCGUUCCCACAACUUUAUGUCCGGGGCAUACGUGGCCUAGAAUAUACUCGGACUAAAUUCUGGCUCUACAUGCUAGACGGCCUAUACCAAUCCCUCGUGGUGUUCUACAUUCCCUAUUUUGUAUGGGCCCUCGGCGCACCAUUGUCCUCGGACGGAAGGGCGGUCGAGUCUCUGGCGGACUUUGGUACUACCGUGUCCGUCGCCGCAAUCUGGGCCGCCAACACCUACGUUGGCAUCAGCACUCAUUACUGGACUGUCAUUGCAUGGGCUGUCAUCCUCGGCUCGUCUAUUGUCAUGUUUUUGUGGAUUGUCAUCUAUUCGUUCUUCGAGAGUAGCGAUUUCGUGAACGAGGUCAUCGUCCUUUGCGGAACGAGCAUCUUUUGGUUCUCCGUCAUCGUAUCCGUGCUCGUUGCUCUCACACCUCGGUUCCUCGUCAAGUACAUCUCGUCGGCUUACUUCCCCCAGGACCGGGACAUCGUGCGGGAGAUGUGGGUCGACGGCGACCUCAAGGAGCAGCUGGGCGUCAAGCACAGGCGGGACAUGAAGAAGUCCGCGAGGAAUGACAUCGAGCAGGCCCCCAUGUUCCACCGACCACACCUGCGAUCCGAAUCCGAGGUCUCGAGCUUCCAGUCGGACCCCGACCGCAGCACGCCACCGAUGCCGCGCAGCCCCCGCAGCACGCGCUCCUCGCCUUCGCCGCUGUCCGCGUCGCAACAGGCCGACGACCUCGCGACCGCGCGCCAGCGCAUGACGCCGUCGCCCGCGACAUUCCGCGGGUCGUACUACUCGGCGUCGAACAUCCCCCUGCCGUCGCCACUCUCAGAGCAGGAGUCGCCGCCGAUGUCGUCGAUCUCGCAGCAGCCGCUGACGGCGCAGGCGUCGGCGACGACGACGACGACGCUGCAGAUCCCCGCGCCGCGCGGCGGUGGCGGUGGCGGCCGCCCGAUCCAGCAGCCGCAGCCGCAACAGCAGCAGGCGCAGCGGCCGCUGGAGGCGUACGAGAUGAGUGUGCGUGAGCCGCCUGACGACGGCCAGACGCCGACGGCGUAUGCAACUGCGUAUGGCGGCGGCGGUGCGGCGCAUGAUGGCGCGGAGCACGGAGAGGGCUGGAGAGGCAGCUCGUACUCGAUAGAGACUGGGCACGCGAUAUAGCCCCUCGCUCGCCGCGUUUCUUGCUACUUCUCUACCUCACCCUCUCCGUUUUUUGUUGUUGCUUUCUUGGUGCUUUCACUGGCAGAACCAGCGAGGGCACUGUGUGUGUGUGCUUCUACCUAUACUGUUUGGACCGGAUGGACUACCUUUGCUCUUUUGGCUCUUGGUUGUUUUCAUUAACCUAUUUAUUUCUCAGCUGCAUGCUCUUUCGUUCGUUCUCACCCGACGACGGCGCGCGCCUGCCGCCUCGCGUCCCACCCCCCUUGCUGACGUGCCACCUUUUUUGGGUCCGCUUAGAAGUACAGCAUCGCUAGUGUAAUAUUAUACCUUACGAGGCCAUCUUUUCU